CUUUACUGGCUGGAUUAAUCUUUUGUUUCUUUGUUUUUGUCUAUGAUUGUGUGUGCUGAUGUGAGGAGAAACUGUGGAUCCUGUGUGUUUGAUAGCGUUUUGUCAUCUCUCACUGUGUUUGAAAAGCCCUUUUUAUUGUAUUCCGUUUCAAGGGUAGUAAAGGCUAAUGGCAGAAUUUAGGUCUAAAUUUUAUUUCUUGUUUUGGUUGUUUCUCUGUGGGGAAAAAAUGAGGAAAGGAGAAGAAAGAUUGUAGAGCUCUUGUCGCUCGAGAAAUUUAGGAAUCAUUGGAAGUAGUUUGGAGGGGAAAAAAAAUUCCAUUUCUUUAUUUAUUGUAUGCAAACGUUCUAAUCUCAAUGUGGAGUUUCCACUCGCAGAGAACCGAAACUAAUCAGGUUUAAUUGGUGUAAAAAUGGUCUUUUGAAGGUUUGGCAAUUGCAAGAGUUGAGGUGGUAGGAAAGGGGAUAAUUCUCUAUUUUGUUAUUUCCCUCAAUGGACGCUUUUUGGUUCUUAAUUAAAAGUCAAAGGAGUCGUGCAUACGUACAAACAAGCUUCAAAAGCAGAUCUAUGGAGUUGGAGCAAUACUUUGCCCAGGAAUGGAAAUCAGUUGCAAGUGCAGCAACCGGCUCAGAAAGUAUAGGUGGUUGCUUUGAUUGCAAUAUUUGCUUCGACUUUGCGCAGGAGCCAGUAGUAACCCUUUGUGGCCACCUCUACUGCUGGCCCUGCAUCUACAAAUGGCUUCAUGUCCAGAGUGCCUCUCUUGCUUCUGAUGAGCAUCCACAAUGUCCAGUCUGCAAGGCUGAUAUAUCUCACACCACCAUGGUCCCCCUUUACGGCCGGGGCCAAAGCUUGGCCGAAGCUGACCUUGAGGGGAAGGCACCCUGUAGGGGCAUGGUCAUACCUCCUAGGCCAUCAGCUUAUGGUGCUCAAGCUCUGGUUUCCAGUACACCUCAGAAUGGUCAGCAGCUUCCGUACCGAAAUCCGUAUCAAAAUCAUAACUUCAAUCCUGAUCCAUACAGCAGUUUUGAAGAGGCUUCUUCAUCACCUCUACUUAAUCUUGGAGGUAGUCCAGUGACAGGUGUUCACCACCCAUUUGUUGGGAUGUUUGGUGAGCUGGUUUACGCAAGGGUUUUUGGAAACUCAGAGAGCUUGUACACUUAUCCAAAUUCAUAUCACCUAAUGGGAAGUGCCAGCCCCAGGUUGAGAAGGCAGGAGAUGCAGGCGGACAAAUCAUUGAACAGAAUCUCAAUUUUCCUCUUCUGCUGCUUUCUUUUAUGCCUUAUCGUAUUCUGAAAAUAGAUCAAGGCCAUUAGCCAUUGUUGGGUUUGUAUACUUGUGUAAAAAGCAACGGAUGUAAGGUUAUGAAACAUCAGUAGAAUGAGAUUAAUAUAUUUAUAUAUGCAAGUUUAUUUGGAAA